GCCCUGGAGCCCUAGUUCAAAGGCGGGCGCGCUCGGCCUGGUUUGCGAGGGGGGCGUAGACUAGCCUCCAGCGCAGAGCCAUGGGGAAAGUGCUGGUGCUCGCCCUGGCCGGGAUACUUGCCGCUCUCUUCGGGGAGAGGCUAAUGGAGUUUCGACGUAAACUGAAUAACUCCAGAGAACUGGAACCAGUGGAACUUCCCAACUGCCACCUUAUUAAAGGAAUUGAAAGAGGUGCAGAAGAUAUUGACAUCCUUCCUGAUGGUCUGGCUUUCAUUAGUUCUGGUUUAAAAUAUCCAGGGUUAAAAAGCUUUGCUCCAGACAAGCCAGGUGAAAUAUUUCUGAUGGAUUUGAAUGAUGAAAACCCAAGAGCAGUAGAACUGAGAAUCAGCCGUGGGUUUGAUCUGGCAUCAUUUAACCCUCAUGGGAUCAGCACGUACAUAGACAAAGAUGACUCAGUGUACCUCUUCGUUGUGAAUCAUCCAGAGUUAAAGAGCACAGUUGAAGUGUUUAAAUUUGUAGAAGAUGAAAAUUCUCUUGUACACCUGAAAACUAUCAGACACGAACUUCUGCCAAGUGUGAAUGAUAUUGUGGCUCUGGGACCUGAUCAUUUCUAUGCUACUAAUGACCACUAUUUCUUUGACUCCAUCUUGAUGUAUUUGGAGUUGUUCUUGGGCUUGGCCUGGACAAAUGUUGUCUACUAUAGUCCAACAGAAGUUAAAGAAGUAGCCUCUGGGUUUUACUCAGCCAAUGGAAUUAACAUUUCACCGGACAAAAAGUAUGUUUAUAUUGCUGACCUGAUGGCUCAUCGUAUUCAUGUUAUGGAAAAACAUGCUAACUGGAGUCUAACUCAAUUGAAGGUGCUGGAAUUGGACACGCUAGUCGAUAACUUAUCUGUUGAUCCUUACACUGGGGAUAUUUGGGGAGGAUGUCAUCCCAAUGGCAUGAAGCUACUCUUCUAUGAUCCUGAGAAUCCUCCUGGUUCUGAGGUAAUCCGGAUCCAGAACAUUCUUUCAGCAAAACCUACAGUGACCCAGGUGUAUGCGGAGAAUGGCUCAGUGCUUCAGGGAAGUUCAGUUGCUGUAGUGUAUUCUGGGAAACUGCUCAUAGGCACAGUGUUCCACAGAGCUCUUUACUGUGAACUAUAGUUCACUCUGGAAAGACUUUGUUAGGGGGGAGGGUUCAGUUUCUUCUAAAUUGCUAAUUCCAAGCUACAUUGCAAUAAGAGUUAUGAAAAUGUAUUCCUAGUCUUCCUCACCUCAAGGAAAUAACAUAAGUUCUAUUCAGUGGUGAACAGAAAUGGAUUUAAAGGUAAAAGAAUGUGUGUGGGUGCAUGUGGGGGGAUUAAUGUGGAAGAUCCCAGGCCAAUAACAAAGUGUGGAUGUAAAUUACAAAUUCAACAUUAAAAGAAAAUUAGUUUGGUGUUUGGGUUACCAACUGUGAUCAGACUUCAGGGAGCGUUUCUCUGAGAGAGUUGAUGAUCUGCCUAGUGUGUAAAAUAAUGGAGGCAGUGUUGAAUAAACACAUCAUUUCGGGGUUUGGGUCAGUGACCCAAGUACUUUCCGUCAAUUUUCCCUACGCUGUCAGAAAUUAUUUAAAACCCAUGGGUUGCCUUCUCAUGAACCUAUUCUCGGACAUACUCUCGUAUGCAGGCAAGAGUAUUAGGUGCAUGAUUUAAAUAACCCUUCAAAGAAUGAGUUCAAAAAUCUUUCUGAAGAGGUCUGAAAUGCCUUAACCAAACAGUGCCUUGGAGCCCGCGGUCUCCAUAUACAGACAGAGCAGCAGUGGUGAAAGCUCCACUACAGUGAAGGCCUUGAGCGUAGAGUGCAGUUCGUGCACUCUGUGUUUAAUUUCCACGCUGUGUGAAACUGCCACACUCCCGGCAAAGGAUUUUACCAAAUGAACUAUUAUAAUGCCGUUUGCUAGAAUGACACAGUCCACACUGUUUAAUCCAUUGUAUGGGUGAGGCUCGUAUGAUCUUUGUUUGCUAGCCAAUAUGCUUCUCCAUCCCCUCUAGGCUAAAGCAUUCUGCCACUGUUUCUCUGGCAAGAAGAGAGGCAGUAUGGUCUUGGAGAGUGAACUCAGGGACAACAGCAUUCUAAUCAUACUUCUGCCAUGGCUGAGCUGUGUUGCUGGGGACAGGUUACUUAACCACUCUCUUGCCCUUUCUUCAGCUGUAGAUUGGGGAGAGAGAUGCCAAGGGCACAGAACAGUUAUGAAGAAUGAUAGAAAAUGUGAAAGCAUCACCUUAGUGCUAGCUCCUUGAUCUGCAAUGGGGGGACACUGUACAUCUAGCAGAACACUGCCAGAGGAGCAUGUAUCAAGGCAACCUGUCCUACAGCUCUGGCUGUCAUACUCUUCCGGUGGCUUAAACUUUAACUGUUGACUGCACUGGGAAGCAACUACCAUGAGCUCUGACUUGGGUUAUUUUUAAUGAUCCUCUAUAUAAAAAAAAUCCAUCUACAAUAGAAGUGAAAAAUUCUAAUCAGCUAGGUUAUAAUGGCAGAUGAGGAUGGGCAGAGGAGCUAGUAAUAUUCUAAACCAUGAGAGCAAAAGGUCAGCCUCAGAGGUAGAAUUCUAGCCCAUGGUUAAAGGCCCCAUGCAUUAUCAACUUAGAAAUAGAGAUAACUGCUAUUGGUUCCCUUCCCUAUUGCUACCCCUGUCUCCAUGUUCCAGUUAGAUUCUGCUCGCUCCAAAUCCUCUCUGUGCUGUCUGAGCCACCUUUCCAAACACGUCUGGCUCUAGCAUCAGUGCUGCUAGUGGGGAGAGAGCAUUGUGCUAAGUGAGCAACUCAGGUGUGGACACUACCAGUGAGUUACAAGGUGAUAAAAUAGUAAAUUUCCUGGACCAUGGUGGCUAGGUUGUUGUUACUUUGCGAUCUAAGGAUCUGCAGUACUAGAUUACUUUCUAAUCACAGCAGUUUAGCAACAGCAACUGCAGUUGGAUGGAGAAUGUGUUGUUUUUACAGAAACACAGAAGGGCCUGGUGGGGUCUGGCUCAAGGGGAAUACAAAGCAACUAUAUAGCCCCCUUCCUGGCUGCUCUAGGGGUCAUGCCAGCAUGUGCAGAAUCAGUUCUGCACCCCUUCUCCAUUGAUGGGCCCCAGCUCUAGUGGGGGUGAGGAGAGGUAUGGCCAAGGCAUUCCUGUGACCUGGCUAUUUGCUCACUGCUGUAAGAGCCCCAGGGCUCAUGGGGACCAGAGCACAGGUUAGGGCUGCCCCACCUGAACUGGAAGCUAACUAGAAACCACACAUGAUUGCCUGCCAAUGUGUGGGGGCUAACUCAUGGCAGUGAAGAGCCUGGGUCUGGAACAGAGGGGAGGUGCCUUACAUCUAGUGCAAACUGCACCUGCUCUGAGGAACUUUGCAUCAGUACCAGCAUGAACCUAACCCCUGAAGCCCAGAGAACGCAAACUGGCUCCCCCAGCAGCUUCUCUCCCUGCAGCACUUGUUUAAUAUGAACAGUAGGGAAAGCACAGCUUCCUCCUCCCCCACUUUUUCCAAAGAACAAACUGGGCCCUUUUGGGGGAAGUACUAAAGAAAGUCACAUGUCUUCAAAUAUACUUAGUUCUGGAAUAUGCUCUAGUCUUGUGGUCAAUUACUGUGUAAACAAAAUUCUUAUAAGGAAAAACAUCACCUGACAACAUUUUGAUCUUUACAAUAUCAUGUUUCUGGGGAGCCAUAUAAAUACUGAUUUUUUUUUUUUUAUUUGAAAUUGUGGCAUCAAAAUACUCAGUGGAUCAUUAUAAACAAUGUUUAGCUUUACUACGCCCUGUACUUUUCCUAUUUCAUUAAUUGAUGUACAGUGUUAAAUUUAUUUGAUUCUAAACCUGGUAAACCAUGAAUGUUCUCAUCUUUAUUAAAAGAAAUUACACCACAGAAUUCUUGUACAAAAUGUGACCCAUCUUACCUCUUAUCCUUUAGAUUAAACCUUCUUCAAAUGAA